AUGGCCGUCCUGCCGACGACCCUCCUGCCGGCCCUGCCACGGGCACAGGGGACACUGGCGCCGCUCCAGCCGGCCGACCUGCUGGGGUGCAUGUCCGUCCUCAAGGACCUGUACAUGCCCCCGAUCCACGGCGGGUUCCAGGCCGGCGACGUCGAGCUCGAGGAGCCCGACCACCUUGCCGUCGAGGCGCGCGAGCGGGCGACGUCGGGCUCUGGCUCUGGUUCUGGCUCUGGGUCGGGAUCCACCCCGGUUCCCGUGCCCGCGAGGCGGAGGCGGACCAUGUCGGGCGGCAGCGUCGACCUCGUCCCUGGGCUGGGGCUCGAGAUGGACGGGCUGAGCGUCAAGGCCAUUGCCGAGGAGGACGAGGACGCGCUCGACGAGGACGACGAGUAUUCCGACGACCACGACGAGGACUCUGACUCGGACGACGAGGGCGAGCACAACGACCCGUUCGAGCGCGAGUGGGCUGAGAAAUGGCUCGGUGGCGUGGUGCGGCGCGCGCAGACGUGGCUCGAGGAGAAUGACGGCGACGACGGCAUGCCCGAGAUCGAGACGGUGCUGCGCGAGGCGACGGCCGUGCUUGCCAUGAUGGCCGGCACGUCGGCGGCGGGCUCGCUCACGCGCCACCUGCUCUUCCCCGUCGCGCCCGAGCUGGCGCCGGCGCUCCGCUCGCUCCGGCCAGACUUUGCCCAGCCCAACCCGGCGCUGUCGCCCACGACGUCCAGGUUUGUCGCGUCGCUCGCGACGUCGCCCGUCUCGCCGCUCAUGAUCAUGAAGCCACUGCGCAAGCGCGGCGACAGCACGUCGUCGACGGCGUCCACCCCGCCCGCGGCGGCGGCCAGCAGCUUUUCCAACAACAACGCCACCAAGGUGCGCGGACGGCGCACGGCGGCCGUGCCCGUGCUCCUGCACGACGCGCCGAUGCAGGACCACCUCAGCGUCGGCGUGCAGACGUGGGGCUCGGCCAUCCUCCUGGGCCGCGAGAUGGCGCUGCGUCCCGCCGACUUUGGCUUGUUCCAGUCGCCCCUCCCGCAUGCGGGCUACACGCGCGUCCUGGAGCUGGGCGCCGGCACGGGUCUGCUCUCGAUCCUGUGCCGCAAGCUGCUCGACCUGCGCGCGGCCGGGAACGCCAUCACGUCCAACGCGCCCGCCGAGGCCGACGCGGGGCUGAUUGUCGCCACGGACUUCUUGCCCGAGGUCCUCGCCAACCUCCGCGUCGACGACUCGGCGCCCGCUAUCGACAUUGCAAAACUCGACUGGACGACGUUCCCGGCAUACAUGGAGCGCCGGGCCGGGCUGGACGUGCCCGCCGGCGAGGGCGAGGAGGAGGAGGAGCUUGCGCCGUGGGUCGACACGCCGUUCGACCUCGUCCUCGCCAGCGACUGCGUGUACGACCCCACGCACGCCGCGCUGCUGCGCAAGGUCGCCGCAUGGGUGCUGCGGCCCCCGACCGACGGCGCGCCGAGCGGUACCAUGCACCUCCUGUCCCCCAUCCGCCCGACGUUCACGCCCGAGCUCGAGAGCAUCGACGCCGCGUUCCCGCCGCUGGCGUCGUAUACCCCGCUCGCGGACCGCGCGGCUGCCGCGGGCAUCGCGUUCGCGGCCGACCCCGUCCGUGGCGCCUCGACCGUCCCGGACAACCUCCGUGGCGAGGGACUCGGCGCGGCUGCCGGCCUGCGCCUGGGUGUACGUGGCGUAGGCAAGAAGAGCGUCAAGGGCAGGCGCGGCGAGGGCAGGCAGGAUGAGUGGGCCGGAUACUGGUGGUGGGAGGUCGCAUGGGGAUAG